CAUCGCAGCCAUUAGAGGGAAAAGUUGCGGCGCGGCGAGCCCGGCGAGGUCCUCCGCCCGCCCCUUGCCCACUCCCCACUUCCCGAGCCGGCUCCGCGCCGAGGGAGGGCGGUGAUCACGCCAGCCGGAGCGGCGGGCUGACGUGGGACGGGCUGCCAGGUACUGGAGGCAGCAGCCAGGCGGCGCCGCGCUCCUUCCUUCCGCGCGAUCCCAGCCCGCGCGGCGCCGGGAGCCUCGCCGAGCCCCAGCCGGGGGUUCGGAGCCUCCGGAACCGCGGCCCUUCUCUCGCAGCACCCUCGCCGAGGCGGCGGCAGCAUGCGCGCAGCGGCGCGCCCGGGGCUCUGAGCAGAGCCUGCCACCCACUCGCACGCCUUUCUUCCGGGGCUUUUCGGCGGCUGGCCACACUGAUGUGACCCCCCUCCCUUUUUGGAAUGAUGGGGAUCUUUUUGGCGUAUGUUGGAUUUGUUUUCUUUUCCGUUUUAUGUGUACAGCAAGGGCUUUCUUCUCAAGCAAAAUUUACCGAGUUUCCGCGGAACGUGACGGCGACCGAGGGGCAGAAUGUGGAGAUGUCCUGCGCCUUCCAGAGCGGCUCCGCCUCGGUGUACCUGGAGAUCCAGUGGUGGUUCCUGAGGGGCCCGGAAGACCUGGAACCCGGGGCCGAGGGGGCCGGCGCGCAGGUGGAGCUCUUGCCCGACAGAGACCCGGACAGCGACGGGACGAAGAUCAGCACAGUGAAAGUCCAAGGCAAUGACAUCUCCCACAAGCUUCAGAUUUCCAAAGUGAGGAAAAAGGAUGAGGGCUUAUACGAGUGCAGGGUGACUGAUGCCAACUACGGGGAGCUUCAGGAGCACAAGGCCCAGGCCUAUCUGAAAGUCAACGCCAACAGCCAUGCCCGCAGGAUGCAGGCCUUCGAAGCCUCGCCCAUGUGGCUGCAGGACAUGAAGCCUCGCAAGAACGUCUCCGCAGCCGUGCCCAGCAGCAUCCAUGGCUCUGCCAACCAGCGAACGCACUCCACCUCCAGUCCUCAAGCGGUAGCCAAAAUCCCCAAACAAAGUCCACAAUCAGGUGCGAGGAUAGCUACAAGCCAUGGACUUUCUGUCCUGCUUCUUGUUUGUGGCUUUGUGAAGGGUGCUUUGCUUUAAUCUAAAGUGCUGACUUUUUUCCAAUAUCACUUUCUCUUCUUAAAGCAAAGAGCAAAUGGCCUGUAAAAUCUACGGAGCGGACAGCAAAGUUGACCCUAAACUCCAAGCACCACCCUGCACCCACUGUACUUUAAUUCACUACACAAGGAGCGCCUGCUUCGGAAGCAUAAAUGAAGAGGCUAUCACACGCUUUGUUGAUAUUUUCUUUGGCAAAACACUGAUCUUUUAUUUUAAGAGAAUUAGUGUGAAGUGAUAGGACAUUUUCUAAUAGCAAGAUCUAUUUUUUUCCCUUUUCUUUCGGCGACUAAAGUCACUCACUGACUGCUCAAGGGUUGGCCCGAAUGUCAUCGGGAUAGGGAAUAUUUACUAUGGAUACCACUGAUUUCCUACUAAAGGACCCAGUAUCUUCAGGAAGCAAACAGAGAUCAAAAGGCUACAGAACAGAAACUAUCAUCAAACAAAACCCCCUUUCAGGGGCAAGAACAAAACUAUCAACACUGCAAGUCAACAAAAAGGACAUUACCUUAAAUCAGGAAUGACAGGAGAAUUUUUUUUUUUAUUUUCCACUUUUUUCUUGGAUUUUUCUUCUUUUCCUUGAUUACAGUUCUUAUUCAAUGGUGGCAAGUGCUGGUUAUGGCCAAUCUCCAUCAAUCCUAGGAGGUUUAUAGAAAUACAUUUUGAGUGUUCUAUAUUUCAAUGUAUUUUAACUCAUUUUGCAAUUCCUGUAUAUGCAAACCUGACAAAUUCUGUAAAUUGCUUAUAGUAUCUGUGCUAUAACUUCAAAGUAGAUGUACUGCUACCCUCAUGCAAGCUGAUUUUUAUCAUUAUAUAUAUAAAUAUAUACUUAAGAAUAUCUAUGUGUUGGGCCACUGACCAACUUAUUUUGACAAAGCAUUUGUUUUUCCUUGAUGAUUCAUAUACUGCGUGGAUUUUGUAACACAUUGUUUCACUUCCACAGGCCUGACAGCUGCAGACGACCUUUGUUGUCCUCUGCUUCAUUCUGGAAAGUGCAUAUUCAAAAUUGUAUCAGUCUGAAUUAAUUUUGUUAUGUCUGUGCUAAGUUGGAAUUUGCUAUGUUCCUUUAUACAUGGUGUUUACUGAGGUUUGAGAGUCUCUUGACUCUGAAGAAUGUACACUCACUGGUUUUGACAGCUAUUUCUGUAUUAUUAUCAUUAUUACUCUUGUCAAAAAGAAAUGUUGCUUCUAGAAAAUUUGCCUUGGAGGUGAAUGUGGGGAAGGUGAAGCACUCACCGUAAUUCCCUAAAUUCAUGUUAGAGCAUUUCUUGCUAUGGCUAGAAAUGCUGCUUCCUUUGACCUUUAUGAAUUUCCGUACCUUUGUCAUUCUGUUCUUUGCUGCUAAUUAUAUUUUAAUGUCUCCUAAUUAAAAAUUAAAAUUUGGUUGUUGGCUAAAUACAAUAUGCAAAAGAUGACGGCAGUUCCUCAACUAAAGAAGAUUAAUGUGUUCAGUUUUCACUGGUUAAGUGAAGUAUAAUUUUAAAUAUUCCAUUCUUAUUUUUGGCUUUAUGAUAAUUCAGACUAUUUUAUUUUGAACCUGUUUUCUACUCUGGCAAAGAAAGAUAGGCAGAACUAUUAAAGUGUUCCAUAUACGUUAUGGAAUAGAUAAGCUUGAGAGAUAAAUGACCUAAGUUUUCCUUCCAGAGAGAUUCUUCCAUUUUCUCUCAUUACAAAACCCGAAGAUCAGCCAUAUGGGGCCAUCAGCUCCCAGCCUAAGGCCCUAUAACCCGAAGCUUGAAGGCAAUCAGUACCUCUGCUUUUCAAAGGUAAAUGCAUUCAUUUUCUUUGAUUCAGUUAUAAGCAAGUGUAUAUUUUCAUAAUAUUCUUGACAUUACCCGAGGAAUAAUAUUUCAUGCUAAAUCUUUUAUUGCCAUUUUUCUCAUUCAAUUGGUUUAUUAUUUCACUUUAAUGAGAAAAAUAUAAUAAAGGUUUUGAUUGCGCUAUUUUAUUAACCUAGAAAUGUAUUUUCUUUCAAAACGUAAUACUUAAAAAUACAUAAAGUAAUGGUAAGAUAGACAUCAUCUAUUAAGUUUAUCUGAGCCUUAAAUAUUGCAUACAUUAAAACAUAAGUAUACUGUUUUAAAUUCAGUCAAGUUGGGAAAAAUCGACACGUGAUGUACUUUUACUCAAAAUUUUGGUCAUCAGAUUGGCCGUUUCUAAAGCAAUACAGACUUGUACCUGUAUCAGCGAUGUUUACCAUGCUUAUAAUCAAAGAUGUAUGCUCGUUCGGGAUGAGCUCACUAGGAUCAUUCUCUCAGUGUCCAAAAUAAUGAAGAUUUAUCUGUCACUGUGCCACCAAGAGUCCAACUCACUGGCCACUUUGAGAAAGAACAUGGUGCACGAUUUGCCUCAUACUCAAGAAGUUAAUAUGGAACCUUAAAAAUUGGAACAGAAACUAAAACAAAUUAAGGAGCCCUUUCAGAGAUUUUAACCUUACAUUUUGUCUCUGGAACUAUAACUUUGUAAAUAAACAUGACUACGAAUAUGAAUAAAGAUUUAAAAAU